CCCAAACUUGCCCACAAACCUGAAUUGAGAUCCUCACCCGAGGGCGUAAUCUGUACAACCAUGGUUACUUGGGUCCCGUUAUCACUAGGGCGUUAUGCUCUCUUGACCAUUCCCUCCAAAGAUGUUGAAAGGUGUUCUUGACACUCGCCGCUGGCAGUUGCCAAUUUUGCCCCUUUCAAGCAUAUUCGAAGUUUCGUUCCCCUUGAAGCUUUCUGUCAGAGUUGAAGAAGUCAGAAACUGAGGUGUCCAACUUUGAUUCUCAGGGCGCAACAGCGGGCUUCCACCACCAGACUUCCUCACAUCCCCGAACCAUGGGUCUUCUCGGUGGCAAACAGGACGUGACUCAUGAGAACAGCCACGAAAUCCAGGGCGUCGCCAAGUUUGCUGUGGAAGAAAUCUCGAAGCAAACGAAUGCUUCGCUCGAGUUGGUCCGUGUCGUUGAAGCGCACAAGCAAGUCGUCAACGGACUGCUCUUUGAGUUGAAGCUGAAAGUUUCAGGGGGAUCAGCAGAGUCGUACAAGGCGACUGUAUAUCAGCCUCCCGGUGGGGCCAAGACGUUGGAUAAGUUCGAAGAGGUCUAAGGCAAUUGUUGAUCACAUAACCAAACCUGUUGCAUCGGCGUUGUGACAUUUAUGUUCCUUUCAUGAAGUCUUAGCGCAGAAUUUCGUAUGUGCGAACCUGCAAACUAAGUUGGGCCUCAGGCCAUCGUAGAUUUAGUCAACACUUGAAUAUAGAUAAAGCAUGAGGUAAUCUUGCGAUGUGCUAUUUGACAAAGGUAAUGUUGUUAAUAGGUUGAGACUUUGCGAACUCGGUAAGUGCGACAACAUUUGUAAGGUCAUUUCCGGUUCUAAUUGACUUGUUUCCGAAUAACUUCAAAAUGUUGGAUAUUUGAAUCUGGAUAUGAACACCCUAGGGACUAUGAUCGACAAAAUAAUUGAAGGUGUUUUGAUCUUAGCCUGGCGAGCUUAACUAAGUAAGGUGACAGUUCGACCAGCGUUUGAGCUGCGCAUUAGUACUCACCGGAAGGGCUAUAGCAGGCUGUGGUACAUUAAGACAUUAGCCUAGUAGCCUGAAACGUAUUGCUGUUCAUCUCCUCGAAUCUCAUGAUCCGGGGAUCCGGAAAUACCAGGCUAGCUAGCCAUGGCCUGUACUAAUGAUACGUUAUACCUGCGAAGAAUUUUACUCAUGCC